CAUCACAUCUUUCUCAUCAGUUUUGGAAACUUGUUCAACUUGAUAACUUCUUUGAAUACACAAAAAAGAACUCGUUGCUUAUUCAUCUUCUUAUUAACUUGUUUCGAUCGAGGAACUGUUUGGAAACUUGGUGGUUUUAGCAAUGGAGAGAUUGGUGAAGUAUGAGAGUGAUGAUCUCAAUUUGAAGGCAACCGAACUGAGGUUGGGGUUGCCGGGAAGCGAUGAGCCUGAGAAAUUUUCAUCUCGGAGCAAUAAGAGAGCUUCACCGGAGAUUUCCCAGGAGUCAAAGAGCAAUUCUAGUGUUUCUUAUGGUGGAAAUGAUGAACGGGACAGUGCCCCUCCGGCCAAGGCACAAGUAGUGGGUUGGCCUCCGAUUCGUUCUUACAGGAAGAAUACUUUACAGGCGAAGAAAAAUGAGAGCGAUGGUGCGGGAAUGUACGUGAAAGUGAGCAUGGAUGGAGCUCCUUAUUUAAGGAAGAUUGAUCUCAAGGUUUAUAAAUGUUACCUGGAGCUCCUUAAAGCUUUAGAAAAUAUGUUCAAGUUAACCAUUGGUGAAUAUUCAGAGAGGGAAGGCUAUAAUGGAUCUGAAUAUGCUCCAACCUAUGAAGAUAAAGAUGGUGAUUGGAUGCUUGUUGGAGAUGUUCCAUGGAAUAUGUUUAUCAACUCCUGCAAGAGACUGAGAAUCAUGAAAGGAUCAGAAGCCAUAGGCCUCGGCUGUGCAUGAAACUCAGGGAGUACUUAAACUACGUCGUGCCAGUGCCAAUUAUUGGAGCAAAAGAAGACAAGUUGAGUCAGAGAAAAUUCGUCGUUGGUUUCGAAGCAGUUUGGGUGAUCUCUAGGAGAUAUUGUAAUAAUAAAAUACACACUUCGACAUAACACUGGAAGAUCUAUCAAGAUAUAUUUUCAUUUCGUUUCU